UCAUAUUGAAAGCAAAAAAGAUUUUAAGACAAAACGUAUAAGGCUAGGAAAAAAAAAUAUUUAAGACAAUAUGCUUGAUUGGAUACAUGGAAACUCUCGAUUACCGCUCGCCUUAUCUGUUGUGGAGCUAUUGGUAGAUAUGGAUUGCCAAGGAUGUGAAAAGAAGGUUCGAAGAGCCAUUUCCAAACUCGAUGGAGUGGACACGUUAGAGAUAGACGUGGAACAGCAAAAAGUGACGGUCACAGGGUACGUUGAUCGGGAAGAUGUUCUUAGAAUGGUGAAACGAACGGGACGAGCGGUGGAGUUCUGGCCAUUUCAGUAUAACGGAUACUAUGGCGAUUAUUACACGUAUCCCUCUCAAAACUUGGAAUAUUCGGAUCACAAGAUAUAUCAUGCAGAGAAUAAUACUGUUUCAUACAGUGGGAAAUACGAUUUCUAUGAAGACUCUUCUUCUAUCAACGGCUUAUAUCCUCGUCCGCCACAAAAAGUUGAUGAAAAUGCUCUUCAUCUCUUUAGCGAUGAUAAUGUACAUGCUUGUGCUAUCAUGUGAUGUUUUUGUAUUAAUUUUUUCAUUCGUUUAUUCAUUUAUUCAUUUUUUUGUAAUUCUAGAAAACAAAUAUUUGUACUCUUUUUUUUUUGUCCUCCUAUAAUAUAAUUUUCUUUGAUAUGUUUAUUUUUACUUUUUAUAUAGCAAAUCACAAGGC